UCUUACAAGCUGUCAAAAACGCGGUGCAUGUUUAAAAUUUCUUUAUAAAGUUUAAGUAACAUGGCAUUUAAUUUUGGAUCAUCACAAACUCAACCAGGUUUAAAUUUUGGAGCAAAUACUCAACAAAAUAAACCGGCCUUUGGGGCCACUGGUAGUACUGGAUUUUCAUUUGGUCAAUCUACACAACAACAAACUCCAUCUUUUGGAUUUGGGGCAACAACAGCUACUACGUCAGCUGCUCCGAAUUUUGGUUUUGGUUCUAAUUUUGGAGCACCUGCAUCUACAGCCACAUCCGGAUUUGGUUCGUUAGGAGCUCCUACAAGUACAUCAACUGGUUUUGGAGGAUUUGGCACCACAGCUACAUCAACACCCGGUACUGGGUUUAGUUUUGGGGGAACUCCAGCUACUACAGCUACGAGUGGUUUCAAUUUUGGUGGUACAGCUACUACAACAGCAUCUACAGGGUUUGGAGGAUUUGGUGGUUUAUCAACCCAAGGAACUCAACAACAAUCAACAGGAUUAUUCAGUGGAUUUGGAACUACCACUCCAGCCACACAAUCUGGAUCUUUAUUUGGGGGCUUAGGGACCACCACGAACACAGGAUCAACAUUUGGAGGAGGUUUAGGUACAUCGUUUGGUCAAAAACCAGGCACUUCAUUUAGUUUUGGAAGUACACUAGGAGGUGGCACAAGUACUUUAGGCGGUGGAUUUGGAGCAGGAACUACUUUUGGAAGUACUUUAGGGCAACCUCAACAACAGCAACAACAACAACCCUCACCUGAUCCCAACCAAACACUUAUAAAUGCUGUUUUAAAUGUUCGAAUAUUUGGAGAUGAACGUGAUACCAUAAUUGCUAAAUGGAAUUUACUACAAGCUUCAUGGGGUGUUGGCAAAGGCUAUUAUAGUACAAAUCAACCUCCCGUCGAAUUUACACCAGAGAAUCCAUUUUGUCGCUUUCAAGCUAUUGCCUACAGUGCGAUGCCGGGUAAAGAUAACAAAGAUGGUGAAGUAGUUAUGGUUUUUAACAAAAAAGAAAAUGAUGUAAAAGCACAAUUAUCACAAAUUCAGCAACAAAUAACACAGCAAGUAUUAGGCAACAAACCUGAGUUAAAAAUUACUGUGGAUGAAAUUAAAGCAUUAAAUGAAAAUACUACACAAGUGUGUCUUUAUGUUGAAGAAAAAAAUAAUUUAGGCACCAUACGAAAAAUACCAGCAAAUGAAUUUGCAAAUUUCUUAAAUCAAAAUAUGCAAAAACAAAUGCUAACAAAUAUCGGAGUAAUUAAAUUAUUUGCAAAUGUUAAGCCUGAUGCAGAACAAAUUCAAGAAUAUUUAAAAAGCCCACCAAACGGAAUUGAUCCAAGAAUAUGGAAACAAGCACAAGAGGAUAAUCCAAAUUCAACAAAAUAUAUACCAGUACCAAUAAUCGGUUUUAAUAAUUUAAAAUGGCGUUUACAAACACAAGAGAAUGAAACAGCCUUGCAUCGUGCAUAUUUAAAUCAAGUUACAGAUGAUAUUGCCCAAUUAAAACAAAAACAAGCAGCAUCUAUUGCACAAAUUACUGAAUAUAAACGUAAAUUUUCAGAUUUACAACACCGUGUUUUAAAAAUUUUAGUAAAACAAGAAAUGUAUAGAAAAGUUGGAAUGGCUUUACAACCAGAAGAAGAACAUUUACGUAUUCAGUUAGAAAAUAUGCAAGCACAAAUAUCAGUUCCUACACAAUUUCGUGGUCGCUUAACCGAAUUACUUGCACAUAUACGUAUAUUACGUUGUGGUGAUGAACCAAUAACUGGUACUGGAGCACAAGAACGUUAUACAAUCAGCCCCUUGGUACAAGAAGAUAUUAAACAAUUUUUAAGUUUAGAGCAUAUUGGUAUUAAUCAUUUAAUUGAAACAAUACAUAAAGAUCAACAUACAUUGAAUGAAAUUAAAAAAGAAAUGUUAAAUAUUUUACAACAAUCUUCCUAGUGUAAGUUACGUUUUAUAAGUUAUA